AUGAUAGGCGGGCCCAAGGCGGGCCGCGGGAUAUCUCAUGAUCUGAGCCUCAAGGCCUCAACGUUCUCAGCCUUGUUCCCCUUGAUUACCCAGCUUAUCAGGCAUAAAGAUCCGACUGACCGACAUUCGAUACGGCUUAGCCUCCAUGGGUGUGCUCAAGACUCAUACAAGUUCACCUACUGUCAACACAGGGCUCUGUCUAUAACACCGCGAUUUGGUUUUGGCAUGUCUAACAAUAGGGCAUCAGGUGUGCUUGCCACCUGCCGGCAUCAUCGCUUUCUCCUUACACAGCACUGCCAGGCGUUGAGCUACGAUGAGGUUGUUCAAAGGCAAGGCAAAACAAGAUGCCUUGGAAGCUCUACAAGCCACAGGAGCACUAGUUCAGCUCGCCAUCGAGAACAAGAAUGCCAUACGAACAAUACGAGACGCCAGAUAGACACUGUCUGCGCGGGCGCAAAGUCGAUCUCCGUCCUCCUGAAAGAAAUCCCGAAACUGGAGAUCAUCCAAUGCCUAACUGGAGAACGCGUGUCGCCCGAACUGAUGGGUCGCCUCCAAUCCAUCGAACUGGGCGAUUUCGUGCAGCCUGGUGGGACAGUAGACGGUCUGCAGCUCCUACGCAAGCUCUCUACCGACCAAGAAUGGGAUUGUCUAAAUGGUCACGUAACACGUAUUGAAGACGGCGGGCAAACCCUGGAGACAGUUAUACUGAAAGCCUGGCAGAGUAUGGCCCAGAUGGUCCUGCGGGACGUGAGCGUUGAGGAUAGUGAGGCGAUCGAUUACUAUAGCUCUACGGAGCUGGAAGACCUUUCAAGUUACAUCGUGCCUGUCAGCGCCGAGUCCGUCGGUGAAGGUUCUUUCGGGACUGUGUUCAAGGCAGACCUGGUCAAGAAAAAUAUAACAAGAAAGGUUGCUCUGAAAGUCUUGAAAGUCUAUCAGUCGCAAAUUGAUGACCCGGCGAAGAAACAAAGGAUCCAAAGGCGUUACCGGAGAGAGAUUCGUGUUUGGAGGGAUCUGCACCACAUCAAUGUCGUUCCGCUUCUGGGACUCGUGCACGGAUUUCGAACGGGUUAUUCUCGCGCGCCCUUCCCUUCGAUGGUCUGCCCAUGGAUGAAUGAUGGAUCGCUCACGCAAUAUUUGAUUGCCAACCGUGAAAAGCUGACGCUGAAGGAUCGAUUCAAAUUGAUGACCGACGUUAUCGAUGGACUCUCAUACUUGCACUCAGAAUCCGUCAUCCACGGCGAUCUCACCAGUGCCAACGUCCUGAUCAGCGAAACCACAGCCUGCUUGAGUGAUUUCGGACUCUCACAGAUUGUAUCUGAAUUCGUUGGUAGGUCGUACAUGACCUACCGCGUCGGCGGAGCUGUGCGUUGGCGGGCGCCAGAGCUCGUUCCUGAAGACGAAGAUGAUGAAGAGGAAGGAGACAGCACGAAGCCGGGCCCUCAAAUGACGAAGGCUUGCGACGUGUAUUCUUUCGGCGGCAUUGUACACGAGAUCAUCUCAGGGCAUCUCCCUUACUACGACAUCCCGACUGAUCAUAUGGUAUUGGUCUACAAAACGAUGCACACGCGCCCUGCACGUCCGCCGUGCGAGCUCUUGACGGACGAGAUUUGGGACUUGAUCCAGCUCUGCUGGAGAGAUGAACCGGCAUGGAGGCCUGAGGUGACUCAAAUCAGCCGUAAAUUGCGAACAGUCAAAUCUGGGUAUUCUAACGAAGAAUUGGCGAAGACUCUGCCUCCCGUUGUAGAGGUAGGUGGGUUGGAAUGGGAUUGA